AUGGGCAUCAGCCUGCCAACUAGGCAGCUGCGCGGCCCAGGGAAGGCGCUUGCCUGCUUCAGUGGAUGCAGCUGCUCCUGCAAUGACGCUGGCCUUGAAGGUGCCCCUCCAGGCUGGCAGUCUGAACGCGGGAGGGGAAAGGUGGCCUCCAGGGCCGUGCCAGCGUCCCACCUGCACCGCCCGGGGAGGGGAGGACAGGGGCACGGGGAUUUCAGCCUCUCGGGGGGCCGCGCUCACUCUGGUCCGAGUUGGCCGACCGGCCGCCGGUCGCCGGCCGCGCAGAGCCGCGCUCUGGAGCAGCCGCGAGCCUACGGCUUUGUGAACGCAGCUCUCGCUGGGUCCGCCAGAGGUCGCCCUAGGGCCGUCGUCUUCGUGAACAGCUGCAAGUCGUACCUGCCGGCAGGAGGCCAGACGGCCCAGCAGACCCCGCGGGAGAGGCUCCCGGGAGCCAGGAGGUGGCCUCUUCCGGGAGACGGGACGGGCGUUCAGCCAGGGCCUCCCUGGCCAUUUGCACAUCAGCACGUGGAGACCAGCAGCUGGCUUCCUUGUGUUCGAGCGCAGGUCGGUUGCCAGCCAGCAGGCUCCACCCGACUGCGUUGUUUACAGACAGGAGACCAGGGACAUUCCCCAGAGGCUCAGAGGGCAUGCGGCCUGCUGACUCCCUGCUCCCAGAUCUGGCCUCCAGAGCUGUGUGGCGGUUCCUGUCACCAGGACAGAGUAACAAGGUGGACACCUACAAAGGUGGGCCCAGUGCGGCCUCCACAGGUCCCCCCUGCAGGGGACACACGUCCUCCAUUCGUCUGGACCAGCCUGUCCUGGUGUGGGCCUGGCUCCCUGACCACCCACAUGGAAAGACCGAGGAAGUCACCACAGGCAAGGUGUGAGGCCCACUGCCUUUCCCAGACCCGGGCCGCUGCCACGGGGCUCUCUCAGGUUUCUGCACAGCACCGUUAUGGCAGCGGAUUGAGUGCUUCACCAGGAAGUUGGACACGACGAUGUGCUGGCCACCAGCAGCCUCUGGAUGCAGCUGAACAACCGCCCUGCAGGGUUCGGCAGCCCACUUGUCAGCAGCUCGCCUCUAUCCUCGUUCCUCCUGUGUCACCAGGCGUGUGACAGCUCAUUAGUGGCCCGCCAUGUACGGCAGCCGCGGCUGCCCCCACGCAGGAUGGCAGGCAGCUGUCCCAAGAGGCCCCAUGUGUCUCCAGGGCCUCAGCAGCUUGUGCACACACCCCAUGGCUCCUUGCAGGCCCGGCCGGCCCCUGCUGCCCAGAUGAGCGGCUCAUGCUGAGGGGAUGGAGGGCGCACAGAGUCCCCUGCAGCCGCUGGAACCUUCUCCUGGGAAGUUCGAAUUAGCCACUUGCAUCAUACCACCUUGAGCCUUUGAACUACAGAAAACACGCAGGCAUUCACGGUUGGAGGCAGGGGAUGGUGGUAAAGCCUCAAGCAUGGGGCACAGAGACGAGGACUCGGGACAAGCAGGGCCACCCGAGGCCCAGAGCUCCGUCAGGAGGGCAGACACAGCGAUGCACCUGUGGCACCUCCCUCAGAGGCGUAGGACUCUUUAGGGCACCCUCCCCACGAGGUCUGAACCAGUGGCCACACACUGUGCAGGCGACAGCCACGUCCCGGGGCAGGACUCCCCUCUUCAGCAUCCCCAUCUCCGGGCAGUGGACGUGGCCCUGGAACAACCCAACGGCUGUCUUGAAACUGCCUUUUUUUUCUCGGCAACCAUCUAAAAUAGAGUAGCUCUUGAUGAAGUUUUCUGCCUCUUUUUUUAGUUUCUGAGCUAAUAAUAUGUUACACAGAUGUUAGUGCUGAAGGGACAGGAUGCAUCUACAUGCCAGGGCCUGGGUGGCACACUUGCCCAAGCCGCUGUCCCCUCAGGAGCCUAGGAGGGCAGAGCAGGGUCCCAGGGUCCCACCCGCACACCCACAAGCGUUUUGAGCCCUUUAUCACUGGGGACACUAUUUAUCCUUGUUCCGCAGCAGGUGGACUGUCCAUUGAGCUUGGGGUAGACAAGGUCCGUUUUAAACACACAGAAAAACAUAACUCCAAAGCGUCUGUAGACAUGAUGCCAGGGUCACCACAGCCCCAUAAGCGCAUCUUCUCAGGGACUCAUCUGGGAGAAUCCAUGAGGCAUGGCUCUGUGAGAUGAUGGGGCUGCUUCCCCGCGCCUCCUGUCCCCCAGCCCCCUUUCUCCUCCCUGGACAGGGCCUCCCAGGCUGCACACUCAUCCUCUGACACAGGCAUGGUUGUGACUAGGCUAGGGCCCAUUCACAGGGCCAGUCACAACAUCCCAGAAGCAGAAGGAAGGACUUUGGGCAGAGAGCACCAAGGCCACCCCUAUGCUCUGCACCUGCCCAGCCAAGAGUGGCCUUUCAGACAGGCGGCCGGGUGAGCCGAAGUCCUGGUGCGUCCUCCCGGUGCCUUCCUGAGCUGGGCCACGUGGCCUCAUCUGGAGAACAGCCCCCACUCAGGCUGCCAUGUGGCCUGCGCGCCAGGGUAGGACUAACAGGACUCCCCUUCCAUUUAGGUUCUACCCGCUCUGCUCUGCCUCCUGGCAAAAUAACAAGCCUGCGUGUCCUUUGUUAGUGACAAAGCCAUACCCAUCGAAAGUGAAGAAAGCUGGGCGAUGAACGUUCCCUAACUGAAGCGUGAAGCCACCCCAACCAGGGCAGCACGUGUUGGCACAGGGCAGAGGCAGAGGCAGAGACAGACCUACACGGACAAGAGCAUGGGCGACAGUGGGCAACAGCACCUGUGCACAAAAAGGACUCCUGGCCCGGCUCACAUGGCCCAAAGCCAACCCAGGUGCUGGAACAAAACACCCACAGGCCUAGACCAAGUAGGGCUGAAAACUGAGAAAACACCUGAAAGUAUCUGUUUCUCAAGUUGGACAAAGAUUUCCUGCACAUGACACCAAAAGCACAACCCGUUUCAAAAACUGAUCUACUGGGCUUCGCCAGUAUGAAAUCUUCUGACCUUCAGGAGACCCUGUUAAGAGAGAAAAUGCAAGACAGACUGGGAGCAAGUUCACGAGUCACGCUCCUGAUGAAGGGCUUAAAGAGAGCACAAGACGGUUCGUUUUUUAAGAAAAGUUUGAUAAACUGAACAGCUGAUUAAUUAAGCUUUUCUGUCCAUGCAGAGGCACUUUUUCACGGAGAAAGUGCAAAAGCACAAACCCAUAGCGUCCACAGUGCCCAUGCUGACAGAGGCCUGCACGCAGAAUAUAAAAACUCCUACAACUCAGUGAGAAAGGGGCGAGGAGCCCAAUUUUUUAAAUGGAAAAAAUUGCAAAAGAAAAUAUGAAAAUAAGCAGCUGUGAAGAUACCCACUGUCUUCAAUCCUCAGGGCAAUGCACCUAAAAGCCACCAUGAGACCCCCACCUGCCCCGCUCGGCUGACUCCACAGGCCGCCCGCAACUCCACACACGUGCAUGUGCACACAUGGCCAUUUUGGAAAACUGCUCGACCGGACCCAGCUGUCCCACCCCAGGCCCUGGGAAGGACGCUGGUGUCCACACAGUGCCCGGGAGGGAACAUUCCGUGCAGCUUCUGUCAUGAUGGCCAGAACUCAGAGUCCAGGCGCGGUCAGCAGAGAAGCACACGUGAGUGUACCCACAGGCGGGUACCAGUGACGGCCAGCACCGGCUGACCCGCUGGAGCUGAAACAGCCCUGGAAGGGGCUUGAGCAGGCUUGUCUGUCUCUGGGUGGAGUCCCAUGGGUGGAGCACACGGAACACCCCAUCAGCUGGGCGCUGGGAUGAGCAGGAACUCACGACUAAGGUUUUCCUAUUGAGACAAGAAAACACUUCAGUAGCAUCUCAUCUUCAAAGAGCUUCGCCUCAGAGGUCUGUCUCCUGGGGACCAGAACACGCCCCCUAGGCCCCUGCAGGAGCCACGCCCAUUCCUGCAGCUGUUCCUGGGCAUGAUCAAGACAACUUUGGUCCACACCCCCUGCCUGCCUCUCCAGCCUCUUGAAGAGAAGCAACCAGGUGGGGCAACACCCAAGACCACCAGGCCGUCCUGAGAAGGCAGGGCAAGGGCAAGAGGGAGCAGCCUACAGCCCCCAGCACUGGCGAGGGCCCAGGGCAGCUGCUUUGGCCACUGCAACACUUCCCCACCUUCCCCACCACCGAGGAGUUGUUUUGGGAAACUUCUCAGGUUGCAGACUCAUGAUCUGAUGCUCCCAUAAAAUGUGGGGACUUCCUGCUGCACCACAAGGUGCAGGGCCCAGGGCCUGCGCACUUUCUCCUGCAGCCCACGCAGCCCUGCUGUUUCAAAGCUCGCUUUGUCCCCCUGCUCUGCCAGGAGCGGCCAGUCCCGGGACCCCGCCGUCUAAAGGAACAUCCUCACAUGCACAGACAGGCGCAGUGUGCCCAGGCAAGCACCCCAGGCUCCUCAGGGCGGAUGCCGGGAGCCGUGGAGACCUCCAUGGCCAGGGUCACGCACAUUUCCCCUGCUUUAACAUUUUAUUUUGCUACUACAAUUAUAUAGAAAUUUACAGUUCAGCAACGUGCACAGUUUUAAAACAUAUUUUCCACAAUGAUAGAAACAAAUUAAAAGUCAAGGCUUCAAAGCAGAGAAGCAGGAGUAACCACAGGUAUUGUAACCUUGUAAAUAUUUUCACCUCUUUGGCUCACCAUUUUCUCAUUUUAUUCUAGAAUUUGUGUAUGUUAGCAAAGGCCAAGAGAUGAAGGUGGGUAAGGAGCAGAGUGGGAGGGCCAUCAAUGAAGCUCUUUCAGCUUUUCUGUGUGAACAUUUUCAUAAGAAAAC